GCCUGCUAACGGCAAGACGUCGCGCGGAGAUCGGUAUUAUAUACUCGUGCACUACGAUAUCGCGUCGCGUACUGUUGCUUAUUCGUUCAUCGACUUGGAGUAAAUUUGUGAGCUUUCGAGUCGACUUCUUCUAAUCGAUCGAGUGUGCCAAUGAAGGCCUGAAGGCAUUUUCGAUAGCGAUGGAAAACGUCACGGCUAAAAUUACAGAAGGAGCGAUAUGGUCAACGACUCCGUCGUCGUUGACGAACGAAGAGGAGGAUGCUAUAGUGACGCUGGUCGUCGUCGUUAUUGGCAUUAUCGCCGCCGUAAUAUUCCUUUUCUCAAUGGGCCUCUUCAUAGACUGCAGAACUCAAAAAACUGAAAGUCUCAAUAAAAUGCACAAGCGAAAGUCACGUCUGAAAAUGCCGGUGAUCGGUCGAGCGAAUCGUCAAGCGCCUCAAGACGACGCUACGUGCUUUGCCACGGACAUGUGCCCAAACGGCUCGAGCCAGGUACCCGCGGGUCAACUCGACGCCAUUGUUUGAUAAUAAUCAUCGUUCAAAUGAUAACUUUUUUUAAAUGAUAUUAUCAUUUUGCUUAAAUGGGACAUGAAAGUACAUUGACACAAGUAUUUUUUGAAGAAUCUAAGGGAACAAAAUUUGUAGAUUCGAUAAAGUAAGUGAUUAUUUGUCAGCGUAACUUUGAUUAAGUCAAAAAAUGAAUCGUAUGUGUCAACAAUAAGUUGCAGCGAUUGAAAUAGACAUAAUUAUAGAAAAAAAUAGUUAAUUUUUUUACCAAGGAGAACCAUUGGAACAUGUAUUUUAUACGUAAUGUAAACUAACGAUUGUGAUAAUAUUUCAUAAUAUUAAUUUUUAAGACUUUAAAAGUGUAUAAAUUGUAAUAUAAUUUAAGGUUUAUUUUUAUAUAAAACUCACAAGAAAUGAAUGUGAUUAAUAUUUUUUACUAAAGUAUUAGCCGUAAAAACCACACACCUGAUGCAUACUUGGUGUGAAAGUCAUCUAUUUUUAUUUAUUUUUUACCAUAUUUAAGCUUUGUGUAAACGAAACAGAUUAAUGAAAAAGUACGUCCAUACAAAUAAAACUAAAUAUUAAACUUUGAUCUGAAUGUUAUCGAAUAUAAAGUAUGUCAAUAAAUAAAAGAAACUUUCAUAUUGUA